CUCUUCACUCGGGACUGGCACUCGAGCCAGGGAAGAACUCGGUGCCUGGGCUCGGGCGGGAAUUUCUUUUCGGCUCCAGCCUCGGUGAUUCCACCGACUAUGGCAGUUCCGCGGAGCUGCUGGCUAGCGCUUCUGCUCGCCAUUGUCGUACCUGACGUGCAGUUGUACUUACAAGUCAAGCCUUCCUGUAGCAGUGAGCAACAUUAUGAAUAUUCUGGCCGAUGCUGCAACAAAUGUGAACCAGGAAAGUACAUGGUCAAAAAAUGCACUGCCUUUUCAGAGACUGUAUGCAAACCCUGUGGCUCAAACGAGUAUAUGGACAUCUGGAAUGAAGAGGAAAAGUGCUUUCUUCAUAAAAUAUGUGAUAGAGGAAAAGCUUUAAUAGAAGUGAUUCCAGGAAACAGCACAUUCCAAAGACAAUGUGCCUGUACUGCUGGCUACCAUUGGAACAGUGACUGUGAUUGUUGUCGGCGAAACACAAAAUGCUCACCUGGUUCUGGAGUGAAAUUUCCCGUACAGCAAGAUAAGAAUACAGUGUGCGUACCAUGUCCCACUGGUUAUUUUUCUAAUGUCUCCUCUGCAACUGAUGCAUGCAAAGCCUGGACAAAUUGCACAGCUUUGGGAACAGAGGAAAAGAUUCCUGGGAAUAAUUGGUCUGAUGCAGUUUGUAAGAUACAAGAGAAAACACAUUCAGAAGAUGUUUUUCAUUUUCCAGAAAACAAAAAAUUAUUUUAUGUAUUGAUUGUUCCACUCCUCCUCAUUGCCUUGGCUGCUAUAAUUAUCCUUACUGUAUAUUAUCGAAGUAAGGGAAAACUUCUGACAGCAGAUUUACAAUACUGGGCUCAGGAAAUAUGCCACCAAAUAAAAGGGAAAAAGGAUUCUUCUUGUGAUACAUUUGUAAACACAAAUGUAGCGCAUCCUGCUGGCCUUCAGCUUUUGGGAGAGACUUAUUUGCUGGAUCUUGACAAAUAUUGCUUUCCUGAUGAGGUACAUUACUCAUGUGAGCAUCUCCUGAGUGGAAAAGAUGAUCCUGAGAAAAUACUUUACGGAUCAAGGGAAAAUUUCCCGGCAUUGUUUCUAACUACCAUUUCUGAAGACGACUCCUUUAGACAGAUUCCUAUGGAAGAUGAAUACAUGGACAAAGUAUCCCAUGGGCAAUGUUACUUACCUUUAGUCAGCCAAUCUGAUAGCAAACCGACAUCGCCCUUCUCUGAACCGCUAGAAGUGGGAGAGAACGAUAGCUUGAAUUACUUCUUCACAGGAACGGAAAAUCUGGAGGAAUUAGUACACUGCUGUUGCUUGGACCCUAUUCAUGCUUCCUCAGAUAAAUACCUGCAGAGUUCUUGUAAUCAUUUCACUUGUGCCAAGAUGAGAGAUGUUGAUACUGAAGAUGCUGGUACUUCCCUACUAUUGUCUGAAGAAAAACAUAGCUUUGCCAGCUCAUCUUGUAGACAACCUCCUAACAAACUGGACAAUGCCGCAGAUUCCUUAAAAGAAAAUGGAUCUUCUCUGCUAGGCACCUGUGGUUUGGAAUCUUCUUCUAUAGACCAAAAUGGGUCAGCAAACAAUAUUGGAGACCAAAGUGACUCAUCUGACGGAAAGGACCAGAAUACAAAAAGAACCUCUGAGUCAAGCUGCAAUUUUUCAGAUCCACCAGCAGCAUCCGGAAAUGUGACAGGAAACGGGAACUCUACAUUCAUUUCAAGUGGACAAGUCAUGAAUUUUAAGGGUGAAAUUAUUUUUGUCUAUGUUAGUCAGAACUCCCAGGAAGGGUCAAUGUCUCCUGGAUCAAGUGACGACAGCCUGGGGAACCCAGUGCAAGAGGAAAACUUAAACCGCUGUGAGACAUUUGCAGGCAAUGCUGACCAGUAUAAAGAAAAAUGUGCUGAAAUCAAUACAUAUCACAGCAUGGAAUCUGGAGAACCUCAAAGCACCACAGAAGGAUACAAGAGGACUUUUGGGCCUAUUGGUCAAGAAGAAAAUUGUGAAAGCCAGAAGAAGCACCACUCUCACGAAGGCUCACAGCCUAUACAAGAGGAAGGGAAGCCAGGAUAUUCUUAAAGGACAUGGUGUAUUGAUGCAGACUAAUGCUUGUUAUUGGUAUUCAGUCAAAAGAACUGACACAACUACCAUUCACUGAACGUGAUCUGGAACAGAUGUGGAUAGCGCUAAUUAAGCAAAGGAAGCCUUCUGUCGGUUGCUGAGAUGUCAGAUUGCCGACUGCUGGUUUACAAGGGGGUUCUUUGCUCCAAUAUAAAAAUGGUAGAGGAGAAAGUUGAAUACUAUUAAUGUUACGUGGAAUAUUUUGGUUUUCCAAGAAAAGGGUUGUGUUUUGGGAUUCAGAGAUGAGAUGCGUUGUGUCACUGCUGUUCUUCCAGAUACCAAGGAUUCUGUUCCUGUGGAAUUGACACAUGCUGCUUAAGACUCAUCCAUAGAAUUUGUUUUUAGAAUGGUAGCUUCUGUUUGUGUACAGUGGUAACGUUAACACAGCUGCCUUAAUCUUUACUGUAGAAAAUACAGAUGAAAGUUCAGUAAAAACAUAACUUAGUUUUGUCUAUCCUCAUGUUGCAGAUAAGAUUUCUGCCUGUCUUUUGUUCAUUUAAAAUAUUUCAUAUUCAUCACUUAAACAUUUGUCCAUGAACUUAAAUUUUUCAAAAGAAAAUUGGAAUUUCUCUCAGUCCCAGUUAAGAACUAGCUUCAUGUCACCCUACACUCCUACUGGGUUGUGUCGUACUUUUUUAAAAGUUUGCCACUGAAGGAAAUUAUGUAGGAAAUUGGAGUUGUGCUUAUAGAACAACCCCAUCAUUCACUGUUUCAAUUGCUAUGAAGCCCGCGAUCCCAAAUUAAAACAAUAACAUUUAACACUUUGUGUGUGCCCACAACUUCUUCCCCCCAUGUUCUCAUUAAUGGUGUGAAAAAAGACUGACUGCUCAUGAGCACUUUUUCUCAAGGCAGGGAAGAUGGGCCUGUCUAUUUUAGAUACGUAACUUAACAACAAUCCAGCAUUAGCAUUGUUCCCAGUCAUGGAGUGGCUGAGCAACUUGCAGUGCAGUAUACACCAGUAGUGUCAAAUUCAAGGCCUGUGGGCCGGAUCUGGCCGACGGGUUGCUUAGAUCUGGCCCGCAGGGCUGAUCUGGAAACAGCAAAGGAGUGGCCCGCAGUGCCUCUGCCAGUGCUGGCAGGGGGUUGGAGGAGGCUGUUGUACCUGAAAACAGAGUUUGCAAAAUUAUAUGCGGCCCUCCCGAGCUCCAUUUUUACUGACAGAGGGUUGCAGGAAGCUGUUACAGCUAAAAAUGGACCUCAGAAGCCUGUUUUCGCUGGCAGAGCGCUUGGGCCACCACAGGCACCCCCAACAUGAGUGACAUUGAGCUGGCCAUGCCCCCAGCCCCUCCCCAGGUCAAACACAACCCUGAUACGGCUCUCAAUAAAAUCGAGUUUGACACCCCUGGUAUACACAGAAAAGCUGACUGGUUCAUUUAAUAUCAAAUGACCUUAAUCCAUAUCUGAGGCAUGGAAUACAGUCCUUUGGAUUGUAUUGAGACUGAAAUUAUAUUGUUCUGUAUUGAUGCUGGCAUACUAAGGCUCCAAAGCUUCAAGGGACAUCUCUUGACAUUAAUGACAUGCUGUAUGCAGUGUAUCUUUUAAAAUGUGUAAAACUACAGUAAUAAUUUUAUGAAAUGAAGUCAGUUUUUAGGCAAUGUUUAUAAUAGUUUUAUUUGCUAAAAUUCUAAUUUUGAAAAAAAACAAAACACUAAUAUUUUACCAGCUGUCCCUUUAAAACUCACUAGCUGUGUAUUAUCUCAAUAUUUCCAAAACCUGUGGGUGGCUAGUAAUUACUCCAACAACUUUGAUGGAUGAAGUACCAAAGAGUCAAAAGUUCAGCUUUCCCCCGGCUUUAUUUGCAACUUUUCAUCUUUUUCAUCUACAAGUAUCCCUUGACUUAAGACCACAAUUCAGCCCAGAACUUCUGUUGCUAAGGGAGAUGGUUAUUAAAUGAGCCAUGUUCAACUUUAUGAACCUUUCGUUGCUGUUGUUAAAGAGAAUCACCAUGGCCGUUAAACAAAUCUGACUUCCUCUGUUGACUUUGCUUGUCGGAAGCAGGCUGGGAGGUUUGCAAAUGGUGAUCAUGUGACCCUGGGAUGCUGCAACUAUUAUAAAUACAUGCUGGUUGCCAAGCACUCAAAUUUUGCUCACAUGACCACUGGUACUUUGUCAUGUGAGGAUCAAUUGUAAAUCACUUUUUUCAGCAGUGGCGUAAUUUCAAAUGGUCAUUAUACAAAUCAAUGUAAGUCGAGGACUGCUUUUAUUGAAUUAACACCUAUGGGUAAGAGUAAGAGUAACGGAACAGACUGACGCAAAUAUGGCACAAUGUCAUUCUGCUAUUUCUCUAAUUUUGAGUGGAAAUUAGACUUCAUUUAUUAGGAAUAUGGAAUGAAAAGAAAUGAAUGAAAUCUUGAAUAAAGGGUACAGAUUCAUACAUA